CGGCGGGCACCGAGUCACCAGCGAGGCGACAGUGCGCAGGCGCACCGAGUCGUCGUGGCAAGACUGCGGGCACCAGAGUCGUCUGGCAAGACUGCGGGCACACGAGUCGUCUGGCAAGACUGCGGGCAUCGAGUCGUCUGGCCAAGACUGCGGGCAUCGAGUUUUCUGGCAAGACUGCGGGCAUCGAGUCAACUGGCGGAACAGCGGGCAUCGAAGUCGUCUGGCAAAGACUGCGUCGGCACCGGCGAGUCGUCUGCAAGACUGCGGGCAACCGAGUCGUCUGGCAAGAGCUGCGGGCAUCCGAGUCAACUGGCGAACAGCGAGCAUCGAGUCAACUGGGCGGAACAGCGGCAUUCGAGUAGAGGCAUCCGGCUGAAGAGAGGCUUCAGGCCGAGUAGAGGCAUCAGUCUGAGUAGAUGCUUCAGAGCUGAGUAGUAGGCUUCAGGCUGAGU